CUCUCCCUGCCUAUUUAUUGGUCUCCUCCCGUCUUCUCAUUUUCCCCUUCAUCAAUUUCUUUUGUCUGUUUUUUCACUUCUUAAACCUAUUAUAUUUAUACAUUGAUUUUCCCAUUACAUUCUCAGUUCAGAAAACUGAUAUCAAUGGCGCCGGAAGAUCUAGUACAAGCAGGGAGACCAAACCUGUUUACUCCUUACAAGAUGGGAAAAUUUAAUCUCUCCCACAGGGUGGUGCUUGCUCCGAUGACGAGAUCCAGAGCGGUGAAUGAGAUUCCUUUUGAAGCUCACGCAUUGUACUACUCCCAGAGGGCUACCCCAGGUGGAUUACUAAUCAGCGAAGGCACUUCUCCAUCAAACACUGCUUCCGGGUAUCCACGUGUUCCAGGGAUAUACACGGAAGAACAGGUGGAGGCAUGGAAGAAGGUUGUAGAUGCCGUUCACGCCAAAGGCAGCAUCUUCUUUUGUCAGCUUUGGCACGUUGGCCGUGCAUCUCACCAUGUUUACCAACCCAAUGGCCGUUCACCUAUAUCCUCCACGAAUAAGCCUCUUUCCGAUGAGGUUGGUGCUUGGUUACCUGAUGGAUCCAUUGACAAAUUCUCAAAGCCCCGUGCUCUCCAAACCUAUGAAAUACCACAAGUGGUUCAACAUUAUCGUCAGGCUGCCUUGAAUUCCAUCCGAGCUGGUUUUGAUGGAGUUGAAAUCCAUGGGGCACAUGGCUACCUCAUCGACCAGUUCUUGAAAGACGGAGUCAAUGAUCGGGUAGAUGAGUAUGGAGGAUCACUUGAGAACCGGUGCAGAUUCUUAAUCCAAGUGCUGGAAGCCGUAGUUUCUGCAAUCGGUGCUGAAAGAGUGAGUGUCAGAAUCUCACCAGUACAUGAUAUCAACGAUGCUACUGACUCAGAUCCACUGGGCUUGGGCUUGGCAGUGAUUGAGAGGCUUAACAAGCUCCAACUCAAGUUUGGCUCAAAGCUGGCUUAUCUCCAUGUGACACGGCCAAGGUUAACAGCUGAAGGUGCCAAACAAAAUGUCAAUGAAGAGGAAGAAGCUAAGUUGAUCAAGACUUUGAAGAACGCAUAUGAUGGAACAUUAAUUGCUAGUGGUGGGUUUACUGGGGAAACUGGACAGAAAUCAAUAGCAAACGGUGAGGCGGAUUUGAUUUCUUAUGGUCGUCUGUUUAUCUCAAACCCAGACUUGGUUUUGCGAUUUAAGCAGAAUGCUUCAUUGAAUAAGUAUGAUAGACAGACUUUCUACACCAAAGAUCCUGUUGUUGGCUACACAGACUACCCUUUUCUUAACCAAGCAACUGAUGGGAUAGAAGAGUAGCGUUUCACGUAUAUCUCUCAUUUGGCAUUAGUUAUGAUGCUGUGGUAAAAAGUGUAAUGUGAUAGAGGUUAAUAAACUGACUCAGAAAAAUAUAUACAUAUAUAUAUAUAUAUAUAUUAUGUUUUGUUUUUAAAAGGUUUUAUGUAAUUUGUUAUUACGCCAAUUUAUUUCCUUAUCACAAUUAUAUUAUGUGAAUGUAUUCGUUAUACAUAGUCUGUUUUUUGUCCA